GCUGCGCCGCCCGCCCGCGCCGGUAGUGGCGUUCGGUGCCGGGGACGCCGGGGUGCCCAGGGGUGCUGGAUCAGGCGCGGCCCCGAGUCCUGACAGCGGUCGCGGCUCUGUCGGUGGCGGGCUCAGGCGUGCAGCCCUGUCAGACACCAGCCCUCGGCUCGGUGUCGUUGCAGUAAAGACAUUCCAGCCCAAGUACCGGUCCAAAUAUUAAAAGCUACCGAGGUCCACCGAGAUUGUGUUAAAAUUUCAUAUGAAGGCAGAAUUUGAGUAAGACUAAUUGCUUGUUGCAAGUAUGGAGAGGAAGGAAGGUGAAAGGAUGCACGACGGUAGGAGAGGAGACUCGAUAUAUGGUCAGAGCUUAACAACAGAGCCCGCAUGUUUAUAUUUAUCUCUGCUGUUUUGCUUCCCAGAAUGUACAACCUAUAAAGAGUAGAGUAAGAUUUUUAGUUUCUUUAGCAUGCCAUACAAAAAUGCCCUAACCUACUUGGCAAAUGUGCAGCUGCAUCAAGGGGUGCUGCUAACAAAAUUACUUUAAAAGUGCCAGAAGGAGAGAAUUUGAGCUCAAGUCUUCCUAAAGCAAUAUGUUCUUAAGUUUGCACAAUGCAUCAGGCUCCAGUUGGAGGUGGCUCACCUCACCCACAAGGAAAAUUACUGCAGAUGAGCAACUUCCUUUAAACUGCCGUGCAACUAAAAAAAGGCACAGACCUUUUUUAACUGCAAUUUAAGAAUCUCGUUAAAUUAUAGCUACAGUGCUUUAAAAUAUGCCCCUGAAAUCAGAAUUUGCUAUAGCUGGAGGACCAAAGACUACUAGUCAAGUCCCUGCAUGCUGCUCAGCUCGCUACAAUCUUGCACUCCUGGCCUGUUUUGGGUUCUUCCUCCUGUAUGCAUUGCGUGUGAACCUCAGCGUCGCUCUGGUGGAUAUGGUAGAACCUAACACAAGCUCAGCAAAGAAUGUGACUUCCAAUGUGUGCCCAGAGCAUUCCUCCACCAUAAAUGUUCCUCGCAACACUACGGGAGAGAAGUAUUCUUGGGAUGCUGAGACUCAGGGAUGGAUCCUUGGUUCUUUUUUCUAUGGCUAUAUCAUUACUCAGAUUCCAGGAGGAUAUCUUGCAAGCAGAAUUGGAGGCAAACUAUUGCUGGGGUUUGGCAUCUUUGGUACCUCUGUAUUCACCUUGCUUACUCCCUUAGCUGCAAAUUUGGGAGUUGGCUACCUCAUAGCUGUCAGAGCCUUGGAAGGACUGGGAGAGGGUGUUACCUUCCCAGCUAUGCAUUCAAUGUGGUCCUCUUGGGCUCCUCCACUGGAACGCAGCAAGCUCCUUAGUAUUUCAUAUGCAGGUGCACAGCUGGGAACUGUUGUGUCUCUGCCACUAUCUGGUUUAAUUUGUUACUAUAUGAACUGGGUUUAUGUGUUCUACAUAUUUGGUGCACUUGGUGUAUUGUGGUGGUUCUUCUGGAUGUUGUUGGUUAGUGAUACACCAGAAGCUCACAAGAGCAUUUCACAUGCUGAAAGAGAAUACAUACUGUCUUCUCUAAAAGAUCAGCUUUCUACACAGAAAUCUGUUCCCUGGAGGCCUAUGCUGGGGUCCCUUCCACUCUGGGCUAUUGUAGUGGCACACUUCUCUUACAACUGGACUUUCUAUACACUUCUUACACUCUUGCCCACAUACAUGAAGGAGAUCCUGCGGUUUGAUGCACAAGAGAAUGGAUUUUUGUCUGCCUUGCCUUAUUUUGGCUGCUGGUUAUGUAUAAUUCUGUCUGGCCAAAUUGCUGAUUAUUUACGGGAAAAACAGAACUUCUCCACUGUUUGUGUUCGCAAAAGUUUUACCCUCAUAGGAAUGAUUGGACCUGCGCUGUUCUUGGUAGCAGCCGGAUUCAUAGGCUGCAACUACUCACUGGCUGUUGCAUUCGUGACCAUAUCAACGACACUAGGAGGAUUUUGUACAUCAGGCUACAGCAUCAACCAUCUGGACAUAGCACCUUCGUAUGCUGGAAUUCUCCUUGGGAUCACAAAUUCUUUUGCUACCAUCCCAGGAAUGGUGGGGCCAGUUAUUGCCAAAAACCUCACUCAUAAUAAUACUGUGGGAGAAUGGCAGAUGGUUUUCUAUAUUGCUGCCUCUAUUAAUCUUUUUGGAGCAAUUUUCUUUGCAUUAUUUGCAAGUGGAGAAGUUCAGGACUGGGCAGUCAGUGGAUAUCACUUGCAUAGAAACUGAAGGAGAUGUUGAAAUACCAAAGCUGUGCUGAGUCCCGUUGUGCUUAGAACUGUGUGACCAGAAAAGUGCCUUCCCUGCUGAUGCCUAGGAGUCUUCAGAGCUAUUCAGUUUAACUACUUUAUCUCUGUAUCUUUUGUACUGAAAAUAAUCUGGCAAACUAUGUGUUCUAUUUCCUAACAAGAAACUACUUGGAUUAACUAUAGAAAUUUCAUGCUAGGACUUGAUAUCAAAUAUAUGAUCAGAAACAUUUUAAAUCCAUGUGUUAAACUCUAAUACUUUCCGGGUUUUAAUUAAUAUUUUCUGAAUUAGCGUGUAGGCAGAUGUUUGCUGAUACUAAAAUGAGAGGAAAAAGUAAAGUGAUUUUGUAGCACUGUAAGGAGGUGACAUGCAAAGAAUUGUACCCAAAAAUGUGUUUUGAUUUCCAUUAUGAAACUGAUAGUUUUUUGCUGUUUAAAAAAAAUUGUAGAAGAGCUCUAGUUUCAUACAAUCUUUUAUAGCACUUUUAUUUUGUCAUUUUUUUAACAAUGGCUAAAAAUGCAUGUGAUUUACUUCCAUUUUAUGCACAAUUUUUGAAUAUAUAAACAUUCCCUGUUUCAUGAAUACAGUUUCACAACUAAUACACAGCAACAAAGAAGUAAAUGUAGCGUUGGAGCUGAGAGAGUAAACCAGGUGUCCUCUGUGGUGCAGGUUUUCAAAUAGGCCUUUUUUUUAUUUCUCUCUGCAAAGAAGAAGCAGUGCAGCUCAGUGGUUUAAAUCUAGGCAAUGUACAAGAGUGAACUAGAAAUAGAAUGUCUGCAUGAUUACCUUAAAAUAACUUUCCGUUUGGCAAUUAAUUUUUUUGUCCCUUUAAAUCAAUGCAGUGGAAUUCUUUCCUCUUGCAUGUAGAUAGGUUUGUCAGCUUGUCCCUGUAAAUGAAAUAAAAUAAGGCCAGUGUAGCAAAUAAUGAGGAAAAUCAGUUCUCUAACAGCCUUGUUUGUUAGUCAGAUAAAACUAGAGUAUAAAAGAACUAGUGCAACAACCUGGUGCUGUUACUCUCCUAUCAAGAUAGAAUUUGACACUCAAGAGCAUUCUUUGCACAGCGUGCACUUAAAUGCCACAGAGCAGGAUUGAAAGUUAUAAAAACAGUGGUCUUGUUAAGAACAAAUGGCUGAAUAAUGCUAGAACCACAAAGCAAAGGCAAAUUCCUGUGCCAAAGAUUCCUGGAUUGGAGCAAUUAGAUAAAAAGGAAAAAUCACUGGGCUCUGGGUUUUUCGUUUACCACCAAUCCAAAAGAAAAGCCCAGUACUAAAGCUGCUCCAGUGGAGCCUACCUUCCUUCAUUUCUAGGAAAUGGCAUCUGCCUCUCCUUUUUGGCUUUAAGAGCCAUUUUGUUUAGGCCUUCCUUGAAGUGUCAUGUUCUCUGAUGAUGGAUUUAAACUGUGUUUAAAUCUCUGUUUGUGUCUGCAGCGUUUCCACAAUAAACAAUGUGUUACUCAGAUUAAAUUAGUACUUAUUCAGUGGGAGUAUGUUAAAACUAUAUUGUGUCUUCAGUGUUUCUACAAUAAAUGGAUUGAACAUUUA